CAACAAAUAUGGCUUCUUGUGCCUUUUUCAAUAUGCUCUAAAGAUUGGUCUCGCGUGCAAGCUAAUGCCGUGGUGGCUCCGGCGAACUUCUGCAAGCCGCGGUGAGUUCACUUCCGUAAUCGCUCGGUACUUUUGAUCGGUAGGGAUCAUCCAUCCGCUGGCUUGGCCGUCAGGGUUAGCUGGGGAAGCUACGGAACUAGAAAGCAAUGGAGCCAAAGCACAAAGAGUUGCUAGACCAGUGCCACCAGAACUUACUGGAGUCCAUAACAGAUGCGGAUCGAGUUAUCGAGCUGCUGAUAGUCUCUGGAACCUUGAGCCAACUCGACAAGUUCGAGCUGGAGCAGAACUGCUCGUCCAGCGCGGAGAAAGUCGACCACCUUCUGAAGAUGCUGACGAACAAGGAGAGCGACCAUUUCCUCGACCUGUGUGUGGCCCUGGAGAAAGCUUACCCUGACCUGUACUCUGCCCUGUUCAGCAACAACGGCGGUGGACCUGUGGACCACUCCACCGGUUCCACGUACAGCGUUCUGUCCACCAUGCCAUCUGACUCGGAAAGCAGCAGUUCUCUCAGUAGUGUUGGUUCGCCUGUUAAUGGUGAAGCAUCCUCCCCUCCCCCAGCGAUUAACGACAACCGACACGCCAGUGACAACCUGGACACCAUCUUAUUGCAGCUCCGCCAGGUGACCAGGGAGCGGGAUGAGCUUCGGAAGCGUCUGGCGUUGGCAUCGCCCGGGACCACCUUCGAUGACUGCAGGCCAAAUCCCAAAGUCAGCCAUGACUAUGAGCGUCUAAAAAGUCAGUGCAUGAGGGCCAUGGCAGAUCUGCAGUCUCUCCAGAACCAACACACCAAAACACUGAAGAGAUGCGAGGAGGCUGUAAAGGAGGCGGACUUUUACCACAUGCUGCACAGCCGUGUACUGGGUGACCAGACUCAGCUGAAGGAGGAAAUGGAAACACUCAGGAGGGACAAUUCCCAGCUGGUUCGAGAACACAACCACCUAAAACAGAACUGCGAGGAGCUCAAACGACUACACAGUCAAGACCAAAAAGAGCUGGCUGACCUUCAAUUGCAGCAACAGCAGGUAAUGAGAGAAAAGGGCUCAUCAGAGGUGUUAAAUAAGCUGUAUGAAACAACUAUGGACAAACUGGAAGCUGUGAAGAAGGACUAUGAUGCCCUGAGCAAACGCUACAGCGAGAAGGUGGCCAGUCAUAACACUGACCUGAGCCGCCUGGAGCAGGCGGAGGAAGAGAACCGAAGGUUGCAGAAGCAGAUGGAUGCAUUGCUCAAACAGCGAGACUCGGCCAUGCACUACCAGCAGCAGUACUCCACCUCAAUAAGGAGGUUUGAUUCAGUGCAGCAGGAGCUGAACAAGUCCUCUGCUCAGAACAAGGAGCUGCAGAGAGAUAUGGAGCGGCUGCAGUCGGAAGUGACACGCUACAAGAACCUGCAGCUGAAGGCGGCCAAGGACUGCGAGAAGUACAAGGAGGAGAGGGACUCCGUGUUCAACGAGUACCGUCUCAUCAUGAGCGAGAGGGACCAGGUGAUCAAGGAGUUGGAUAAGCUGCAGACUGAGCUGGAGGCAGCUGAAGCUCGGCUGAAGAACACUUCAUCAGAGAGGGUUGUGGCCAGUGAGGAGCUGGAGGCACUCAAACAGGAGUUGAACUCAUCGCUGGUGGACCGUGACAGAGCCAUCUGUGAGAGGAACGAGCUACUGGAAAAGUACUGCCACGAAGUGAAGGACAAAGCAGAGGCCCAAAAGGAGCUGAGCCAGGCCUGCAAAGACAUCGAGAUGGUCCGGGAGGAGAGGGACGUGGCCCGAAAGGAGAGGACAGAGGCCAUCAUUCAGAGAGAUCAGCUUCUCCGAGAAUACUAUCAGGCCAGACAAAAACAAGACUCUGCUACCCUGGACAUGGAACGAGCUAAUAAGGAGAUCGAGGUGCUGAGGAAGCAGUAUGAGGCCAUGUCACAGGAGCUGAAGGAGGCCUCGCAGGAAGCAGAGGUGGCCAAAUGUCGAAGGGACUGGGCCUUCCAAGAGAGGGACAAAAUAGUAGCGGAGAGGGAGAGCAUAAGGACUCUGUGUGAUAACUUGCGGCGUGAACGGGACCGGGCAGUCAGCGAUCUGGCUGAUGCUCUGCGUAACUUGGAUGAUAUGAGGAAACAGAAGAACGACGCGCUGCGAGAACUCAAAGAACUAAAGGAAAAGAUGGAGAACCAGCUCGAAAAGGAGGCCCGGUUCUGUCAGCUGAUGGCCCACAGCUCUCAUGACUCGGCCAUUGACACAGACUCCCUGGAGUGGGAGACAGAGGUGGUGGAGUUUGAGAAAGACAGGGAUGACAUGGAUUUGAAGGCACUUGGCUUCGAUAUUGCAGAGGGGGUAAAUGAUCCAUAUUUACCAGGAGACAGUGGAAUAUUUGUUACAAGAGUGGAUAAAGGAAGUAUAGCAGAUGGAAGGUUAAGAGUGAAUGACUGGUUGUUGAAGAUUAAUGACAUGGACUUGACCAAUAAGGACAGAAAGCAGGUAGUGAAGGCUGUCCUUAACGGAGGAGGGUUGAUCAACAUGGUGGUACGAAGACGGAAAUCUCUGGGAGGACGACUGGCUACUCCUGUUCACAUUAACCUUAUGGGACAUAAAGACAGUGGCAUUGGUCUGGAAAGUGGAGUGUUUGUUACUGCCAUUGUCCAGGGGAGUCCUGCAGCCAAGGAAGGCUCCCUCACAGUCGGAGAUCGACUGAUUGCUAUAAAUGGAAUUGCUCUUGAUAACAAGUCUGUGACGGAGUGUGAGGCUCUGUUGAGGAACUGUAGAGACUCUCUGAGUCUUUCUCUUAUGAAGUUUUUCCCUCACAGCACAUCAGGCCAGAACAUCUUUGAGGGUCUGCGCGAUUCAUCAGAGAAGUCCAAUGGGCGCAUGUCAGAGAUGCACUCCAGGAACAGCCGCAACCUCAAACACAACAGCUCGACACAGACCGACAUCUUCUGCCCUGACGUUGGGAGUGCCAGCACGAGCAGCAUCUCUGGGGAGAGGAGGAAGGUCAGAGGUGAAUCUGAUGAGAUGUAUGGUGACUUGAGCAAGCCGUUCUCCACAGGUUCCCUUCAUGCCACUAGCCUUCGACCAGUGACAGACUUGGGGACUGGCCGCUAUGGGCCCAGUGCUUUCCAAGAGUGCUGUUCAUAUGUAAAGGGACCUUCUUCUUUGCCUUUUGAGCCUGUUUCGCCCUCGGACUGCAACAGUGUGGAAACAACACUGGAGAAAAAGCACAGUGGGGGCACGUGGCCCAAAAUGAUGGUAGGGGGUAUGAUGGUCGCACCAGAUAAUGCCAGUCCAGUCACAGCAGUCACCCCACUCUCCAUCUAUAAAUCACCCAAGCAGAGAAAGUCCAUUUUUGACCCAGACACCUUUAAACGCCCUGAAACACCUUCCUCUAAGUUGGAGUACAUGGCAGCCAAUCAGAUUGCAGCUGUUGCUGCUGCUGCAGCUUCUCACUCCCCACAGCCUUCAAAGACGGAGUCCCUCUCUUCCUCUUCUACACCCACCCCAACCCCUCCAACCCCUCCCACUCGCAGUGACUCCUUUAAAUUCAAACACAAACAUCAAAGCAGCUCAGCUUCAGACUGCACAAUCACCUCUGAUGGCAAAGGGGAGUCUGCCAUCUCUAUGGCAGCAGGAGAGAGCAGAGAGAGGAGUGAGCGAGAGCGAGACAGGAACGGAAACCACUAUUUCCUGGAAGGAAAGGUCCUGACCUCAAGAAAGUCGUGCGACGAGGACAUCGGCCGUACCAGAGUGGAGGAGCCAGAGGUGAAGAGGCCUCGCCCUAAAUCUGCUCCUGCGCUUCGACGUAAGAUGACACCCCAGACCAUCACUUUUCCCACUUUUCAGAGCUACUCCAAUGAUGAGCACUCACCAGAGCCCAGGGACAUGCUGCGUUCUUCCCCCAGCCGCUCUCAGAGACACAGCGUUGGCUUUGUCCCCACACACUACAGUGGCAGCCUACCUCCAAAUUCAGCCCACCGUGGACUGUCUCCUUGCCCUGCAGUCACGGCUGUGAUGAGGAAUCCAGUGUAUACCGUACGCAGUCACCGUGUUCAUACCAGCAACUGUCCGUCUGUAGCAUCCCAGAUAUGCCACCAGCACACCCAUACCAGCCCACAACACCAGGGUCGCUUGAGCCUGGAUCUGAGCCAGCAGAAGCGACCAAAUGACUACUCAGAUUCCUCCUCAUCACGCAGCAGCAGAGCAUCACACGGUUCUUCCAGUAAUGUUCAGUAUCGCGCAGAGAGGAUCAAAAUCCCCUCCACUCCCCGUUAUCUCCGCUCCAUGCUGGGUUCGGACCGAGGCUCCCUCUCGCACUCCGAGUGUAGCAGUCCCAGCCUCAUCACGCCUCCACAGUCGCCGCUCAAUCUGGAGACUUCCUCGUUUGCCAGCACCCAAUCACAAAGCUCAGUUUCUACCUUACCUCGGAUCUCAGUCAGUCCCGUGCCCAUAGGGGAGCGCAGGAAGGACAGACCAUACUUGGAGGAACCACGCAAUGUCAUUGUGCACAAAGGUGCAGAGCCCCUGGGCAUCUCCAUUGUCAGCGGGGAGAACGGAGGGAUCUUUGUCUCUAAAGUUACUGGAGGCAGCAUCGCCCACCAGGCGGGGUUGGAGUAUGGAGACCAAUUACUGGAGUACAACGGUAUUAACUUGAGGAAUGCUACAGAGCAGCAAGCUCGUCUCAUCAUCGGCCAGCAGUGUGACACCAUCACCAUCAUGGCUCAGUACAACCCACACAUGUACCAGCUGGGGAACCACUCUCGCUCCAGUGGGGUUUAUGUGGUGGCCCAUAUGGUGGUGGCUUCCUGUCCUUUCUUCAUGCUUGGCCCGGCCAACCCCCCGGAGCCAAAGCUUGACCAACAGGCACUUGCUGGUGAGCUCACCCCCAGGCCUGGCUCCAGGGAGUCUGACCCCUUCCCCAAGGCCCAUUUGCCAUGGGAGAUCCUACCAGGGGCUAAUGCCCCAGAUAACAUAGCCCCUGGGAUCACAGGGGUACUCAAAUCCCUCCACCACGUUAAGGUGGUGAUUAUGUGGAGCGGCCUGGCACAGCAGCAGGCGAAGGAGGGUUCCUGGCCAUACUGA